AUGAUAACUUCAACAGAAACCACCAGUUUGAAAAACUUUGUCUACAGUAAAGAAUACGGUUACGAUUGUGAUGACCCAAAUAUCGUCUACUGGUGUUGCUGCCAUUGUCGUACCAAAAACCCUGAUUUCUUCACGAAUUGUACCUGUUGCAAAAAGAAGAGCUGUGGUAAAUGCAAUUACCCUUGGGUCGAUUGA